GUGUAUACCGAGAAAGAAUGUACUCGAUGUAUCUUUACACUUUUUUUUUACAAACGUUCAUUGUCGUCGCAUGCGCACAAAUUAGCCAAAUCAUUCGAGACUAUUUCGUCUACAAGAACGUGACCAGAGUGGCGGGAUUCUCCUGUGGAAAUAUGGAUGAAGAUCUCCUUACGUUGAAACUACUGAACAAUGCCGGAAUAUCCACAGCAAUUAAACCGGCUGGGUUGCAAAUCGAUAUACUGAGGUACCUCAACACCGAUCGAAUUAUGGGGGUAUUUGUGGACAUACGAUGUCCAAAUCAGAACUUUAGCGGCAUUUUCGACGAAGGUUCAGGCCACCGCAUGUACGAUUACUCAUAUACCUGGUUGAUUUUUGGGAGCAAUUUGAAUCACAGUUUGCAGAGUUUGAAUGACACUGGCUUCAGCAUCGUCACAGAUUUUGCGAUCAUAUUACCGAAUGAAACUGAAUACGUACUCUAUGACGUAUACAAUCUUUGUAAAAUACGCGGUGGAGUGCUCAACGUUACAUGGCUUGGCAGUUGGCGAGAGGAUGAUGGUCUUACAAUUAAUUUGACUGAUCCGAGGGUUAAUAGACGACGAAAUUACAAUAGAUUGCAAAUCAAGGCGGUCGGAAUCGUACUACACAGACCAGAGUACCUGAGUUUGAUAGAUUAUCUCGAGAGAGAUAAUCUCGAGAUCAUGGACAAUUGGCCUAAAUUCGGAUACACUAUGCUCUCGCAUGUCGCCAACAUGUAUAAUUUCACUAUGGAUCUUAUUGAAAUUACUCACUGGAAUAAGAGUGACAGAAACGGUCCCGUAAUGGGUGCCUUAAAGAGAGACGUCGCUGAUUUAGCGUAUUAUCCAUCCAUUUUGACGGUCGAAAGAUACGCAGACGCGCGUGUCAUUUUACCACAGUGGCCUACACGUACCUGUUUCAUGUUUCGUACGAUACCGGCGAUGAAGAUGAAACCCUGGAUAAUACUGAAGCCGUUCGCAGCGGACACAUGGUAUAUGAUCGUCGUGAUAGUGGUGAUUACAAUUUUCAUCCUGUCCUGUAUACUGAAAUUAGAACGCGCAGAGGAUUACAGUUGCAGCAUUUCGGCAUUGAUCACUGUUGCCGCAUUGUGCCAGCAAGGUUUUCCUACUCUCACUGAUCAAUCAGCCAGUCGAAUCGCCUUCAUUCAGAUUCUGAUCUUCGGUCUGUUGGUAUAUAAUUAUUAUUCAGCGGCGAUAGUGUCAGCUAGAUUGAACGAACCUCUUCAAAAGAUGAAUGAUUCGUUGUAUUCACUGGCGCAUAGCAAGAUGCAGAUGGCAGCUGAGGAAAAUAUCUUUUUUGAUUUUUUGUUGCGGAAAAAAACACCAGAAGUGCAAUAUUUUAAUUACUUUUGGAACUUAAUACCGGAGUCAAAGAGAUUUAUCUCGCUCGAAGAUGGUGUGCAAGAAAUAAAGAAAGGAGGCUUUGCUUAUCACGCAGAUCCAGACGAUAUCUAUCCGAUGAUCGAACGAGAGUUCGAUAAGCAGAUGAUAUGUCAGCUAACAGAGGUUCACCUGUUGCAGCCUUCCGAAUUGGGCCUGUGGUCCACUCAUAAAAGUCAUCUUCACGAAAUAUCUAAAAGAGCAUUUCUGAAGAUAUCCACUUCGGGUAUACGGCGACGAGAGAUACGUCGUUGGACGGCCAGGAAGCCUUAUUGUCCGGAUGACGAAAUUUUCGUUUCCAGUGUAACCAUUUACGAAGCGGCACCGAUUUUGAUUCUUUUACUCUUUGGCAUGAUAAUUUCAUUCAUCGUAUUCGGUAUCGAGCAUUUUAUCUUCUAUACGAUGAAUUCGAAACGAGUAUCAGGCACUACAUCAGAUACUAGAGUAGGCAUUAAACGAAAUAGUAAAUUAACUAUGAAACAGAGUAUUAAACCAGACGUUAAUAAAAGUAUUAAAGUCGAUAAAAAAAAUAAGUUAAAUAAAAUAAUGCUAAAAAAUCCGCCGAAAAAUAAUGUUAUUUUAGCACUCCCAGAAGCGAGUCGUCUCUUCGAACAGGUAUUAAUGUCGAAACGAUAUCAGUAAAGGAUAUUAGAUCUAGAAUAAAUAAAAUUUCUGAGAGUAGCAAAGUGAUCUAUUUUUUAUGUAAAUUAUUUAUCAGAUCAUCGUUAUAUGUAUGUUACAUGUAUUUAAGUGCAAAUGAAUCGCAUUUAAAUAAA